CGUCACCAAACACUGGCAUGUUCUCGACGCUCUACUUUCUUUCCGCGCUCAGCUGAUGGUGACGUAGCGCGCUCAGCCAUAGACCAGCGGCACGCGGCGCAGACUGGACUGGUCCGCCUGUUUAUUCCCGGCGGGGGACAGAGGCGACACGGCGGAUAACUGUGCCGUGGCUGGGUGCUGUCGGAAGACAUUCGACCGACGGACCGUCGAGCGGACCGACGGAGGAGGAGGAGGAGGGGGAGGAGGGCGUGUGCGGGCUGUCACUCAGCGCAUUCCAGAGGGAACCGCGAAGCAGCCGGUCGUCGCUCCGGUGGACGGACAGCCGAACUCCACCGUAAUUAGGCCGAGACGCGCAAGACGGUGUGAGGAGUGACAGGCGGCGCCAUGGUGGAUUACUACAACGUCCUGGGGGUGUCCAAAACAGCCUCUCCGGACGACAUCAAGAAGGCGUACAGGAAAAUGGCUCUGAAAUGGCAUCCCGACAAAAAUCCAGACAACAAGGAGGAAGCAGAGAGAAAGUUCAAAGAACUUGCUGAGGCCUAUGAAGUCUUGUCUGACAAGAGUAAACGUGAUGCAUAUGACAGCUAUGGAAGUGACAGAAUGGGACACAGAGGUUCCCCCAGCUCAGACUUUUCAUCAGAUCUCCCAGGAUUCACCUUCACAUUCCGAAGCCCAGACGAAGUAUUCAGAGAAUUUUUUGGGGGCCAGGAUCCUUUCGCUAGUUUCUUUGAUGACUUCUCAUCGUUUGGCGGCUCGUCUUCUCGCCUUGGCCCCAGUCGGUUCUUUUCUUUCCCUUCAAGCAAAGUUGACUUUACUUCAUUCUCUUCCUUGGGGGGUCUGGAGGGGAUGGACAGCAUGGGUGGAGGGAUGGGCAACUUCAGAUCAGUUUCUACCUCCACGCGCAUCAUAAAUGGCAAGCGCACCACUACCAAGAAGAUAAAGGAGAACGGGCAGGAAAGAACAGAAAUUGAGGAGGACGGGGUGUUAAAGAGUGUCCUAAUUAACGGUGUGGAGGAUGAAAUGGCCUUUGCUUUGGAGCUAAGCCGACGAGAGGGACAGACCCACCCCUCCCCUCAGAAGCCGAAUAUCCAAAAUAAAUUACCCGCUGAGUCCGACGGAUCCCGCCCCAGCCCUCACUCUGCAGCGACGCAUCGGUCGUUCAGCGCCGCCCCUUACUACAAUUACCGGGGGACUGUAGAAGGUAGCGAGGAAGAUGAAGAAGAUGAAGACCUGCAGAUGGCUUUGGCCUGCAGCCUGUCAGAAAUUGAAGCACAGCAGAGAGCAGCCACUACUGACUUCAUAUCAGGUGCCUUGGGUGGGGACAGACCAUGUAGUGACAAAACAGGCAGAGGUGGGGUUUUAAAGACGAAAAAUAUAUAUGUGACCACGAGUCAUGUAAGAGUCGUUUCAGAGGAGAAAGAAGAAGAGGGUCAGUUUGAAUCAGGGGUUGGCGAUCGGCGGGAGAGGGAGGGAAAGGGAACCAGGGAACCAGGCCUCUCUCCUGAGUCGCCCACAGCUGCCACCACUAUGCCACAAAGUGAGUUCAGGGAGGACGAGCUUGAGCCUGCCAUAAGAAACAGUGACAGCAGUGUGAAAAAGAAAAAAAAGUGGGGAUGCAUUGUGUGCUGAAGCAGUGGGAGUGUGUGUUUAUUUGGGAUGCCUCAUAUUUUUUAUACUUCCCUCAGUGUUCCUCGAAUGCAAUGUGAUGGCCAGAUUGUUAAUUUGAGGCAGUGGCUCAAAUGAUGACGUGUAGUCUUAACACCUCUAAAGGAGACAGUGUGAGUCAGCUCUGACCGGGCUUGCGGUUUCCUGCUGGACAUUUCAACAUAAUCUGUCAAAAAAAAAGCAAACGUUCAAUAACUUUGCUUUAUGCAUUUGAUGCAAUACAGAGGAUUGUUUCUGAAUGACCUCACUUAUGUUGCCAAAUAUUACAUAUUGCCAACAGAGAAGAGUGGGAAUAAGAGGGAAUUAGAUGUGGCCAAGUUUGCAGUGAUUUUAAAUCCUAAUUAGUGUGUGUGUGUGUGUGUGUGUGUGUGUGUGUGUGUGUGUGUGUGUGUGUGUGUGUGUGUGUGUGUGUGUGUGUGUGUGUGUGUGUGUGUGUGUGUGUGUGUGUGUGUGUGUGUGUGUGUGUGUGUGUGUGUGUGUGUGUGUGUGUGUGUGUGUGUUCAGACAGUCUGGCAAAAUAAUUCAUCAGAACUGACGGACUCUUGGCUAAGUUUGACACAUCGGAAAUAGAAAAGUAGGCCACAGAACUUUCUCUGAUGAUUGUCAUCAUAUCUGUGAUUUUUAGGCACCAGGCAUCUUGACCCGGCCGUUAAGUCGUCUCUUAACCGUGUGCAUGUUUACAGUCCACACACUCAUAGCCAUAAAAUACCUGGCUUUCAGCUCAAAUCGUAAAACAGCACAUGGCAAAAUGGGAACAUUAAAACAGCAACCUAAAAGUAAUCUAAUGAUUGGUAGAAGAGUAACAUUAAUCAGAUUAAAAGCUAAAAUGUUUUUCUGACAGACAAUAAAUAAGAUAGAGAGAGAAAAUAGUAAAGCAGAUUUCAGGUAAACACUCGCAGGAACUGAAUGCUGCAAUGUUGUGUGGUGGAACCAGGUGGGCUGAGUGCGCUGACUAUGCUUGUUUUUUACUUUCACAGUAUUUAUAUAACACGUAGACCUGCUUCAUAAUCAAAAAAAGACAUUAAGGAUUCUCACUUUCUACAAAAUGGGGCUUUAAAGUGAAGCACACACUCACACUUUGCAAAAAAGCAAAUACUAUAGUAUGUACACUACGUUCAGGCUCCUCAAUUAGAACAGGUAUGGUAGCUUUUAUUGUUUUAGCAAUUUUUUAGGAAUGAGGAGCUCUUGACUACAUCAUGGUUUAACCAUAAUGCACUUUUACUGAAAUAUUAUCACUCUUUUUUGCGGGGGCCAGAUUGUAGAGAGUGUAAUAGUUUUGAAACGACACUUCAUGUGGGCGAAGCACAUGUGGCCAGCGUUAUGACAAUGAUUGUAGAACAGUUCUGAAAAAUCAUGAUAACAAAUAUUUUAUAUUUUGAUCCCUUCGGUGCCUUUUAGACAUUUGAACUACUUAACAUGUUCACCGUGCGUACAUUAUCACUGCAAGUGCCCGGUCCGAACAACAAAUAUAUUUGAAGCAAAGCAAAUGUACCACAGUCAACAGAGAGCAUUGGGGGUUUUGUGUUUUUCUUUUGGCACCAGCUUUCCAGCCAACAUGGCAAAACUCUUUGAGGAAGGAAUAUUUAAGAGUGAUCAAAUUUAACAUGUAUGGGUGUAUGAAAGUCACCUCUAGUCUGAUUUCCCGUUGACUGGUUUGAAAGAGGAGAUACAGCAACAUUUUCCUAAAGUGCACCUCGGAAAAAUGCUAAACCCCCAACUGCUUUUACAUGAGAUAUGAAUGUAUUAAUGGCCAAAUACGUAUUUCAAUCAACCAGAGUGAAGGGCAUUUAUUAAAGGUAUAGAGUGUAGGAUUUUAGUGGCAUCUAGUGGUGCAGUUGCAUAACACCACCAACUGAAUACCCCUCCCUGUCAAAGAGUGAGAGAGAGAGAGAGAGUGUGUGUGUUUGUAGGUUUAUUAUGUGGCAGUCAUAUAUUUUUCACGAGUGCCUGAGAUAUUUUAUAUUGCAUGGGUUUUUACUUUCACUUUAAAGGAUAACUCUCAUCACUGGCAAGACUUCAACACAGCUCAGAGAUUAUAUCGUCAGCUCACACAAACUGAGAUCAUUCUGACUCUGUCGACUCUGACUUGUUAAUCGUGUUUUCCUUUCCUCGCGAUUUGGGAAGAGGAACGGGGCAGGUGGCUUCUCAUGUAAAUAUAUAUCAGCCUGUUUUAUUUGUGCCACAUUGAACUGACAAGUGUUUACUGUUGUUUUUGUUUUCCGAUUGUUAAAAGCGAAAUAACAAAUAAAGAUUGAGCCAAAAGAGGA